AUGCACCAGCUUUUAGGAGGCCAGACCAAAAAAAUAAAAACUUAUGGAAGAAAACAAAAUGAACGCGUAAUUCCAGCUACCAAUGCGUUGAAACUCGAGAAUGACACGGUUUCCGUCGUGAAUUCGGAGAGUUUCAAUUUCACCUUGAACCACGUAAAAAAUCAGCAGUCAAAAGGCAGUACACUCGUUAAAAAUAUUCCCAUGUCAAAACAUUGCACCUCGCCUAACAAAACGGGGUCGCAUGGGGAGAAAACUUUCGAAGGCGAGCAAAGACGACGUGAAAAUGCAUUAACCGACAAUUCAAUGCUACCAGACAAUGCCUCACCCGAGAAACAUUCGGUGUCAACAGAGGGAAAUGGUAAAACGUCAUCAUCCGCCGAGGAUAGUCGUCUCCCGCUCACCCCCAAAAAUCCGAACAACAUUCAAUUGCAAGUUAAAAAAAUCGAGCCCACUAGAAAACUCAAAACAAUGGUGAAACCUAAAUUGAAUCGGUCACUAAAAAUUUCAUCCCCGAUAGAAUGUGAAAAUGACAAAAACCAUUCUGAUCAAAUUUAUGCAAACCAAGCUUCUUGUAAAGAGCACGAAGUGGAGUCGUUGUCUAAUGAGGUUAAAGUUCUAUUGAUUGAAAAGUCACAGGAAACAAAAAAACCAAAAACCAUUGAACAGCUUGGCGCCAACAACACGAGUGUUUCCAUGAUGAUAACCACGGGACUGACGAAAGUUGCUAGUUUGCUGUUACGAAACAAGAGUCAGGAGAGCGAAGACGAAUUGACAACAUUGUUGAAAUUAUGUGAUCAAAAGAAAAUAUACACUUUCGAUGAAUAUAUCGGAGUCGACCUAAUACCUCCUAACGUGAAUAGAUGCAUGAGGAGCGCGGUGAAGAUAGGAGAGGCAAGUUUCUCUGAAGUGUUCGCCGCAUAUGCACCCCAAUUUACUGCCAAAAAGGUCAAAAGCGUCUUCAAAAUUAUUCCUUUCGGGCGAGGCAAGGAGAUCCUUAUUAACGGAGAAGAACAGUGCAGCAUAAGAGAUAUUUCCCAAGAGGUCAAGACCACUCUUGAGUUGGGAGGACGAACCGGUCUUGAUCCCAAUUUAAGGGUCGGAUUCUUGCAGCUAUACAGCGUGGCCAUUUGCCGAGGAAAAUAUCCAGAGUUGUUGCUGAAUAAAUGGGAUCGUUGGGACGCGGAACAUAAAUCGGAGAGCAGUCGACCAGACUACUUUGACGAGAGACAAGUAUACGUCGUUUUUGUUGAAGAGCAUGGCGGCCAAUCUCUGGAAACUGCAAGGUUAAAGAAUUGGGCACAGGCGUGGAGUCUCCUUGCACAAGUAGGCUGGAGUCUGGCGCAAGUUGAACAGUCUCUUAAAUUUGAAGUAUGUGGAGAACAUAAAUCGCUCUUUUCCCUUCCUUCCAGUCAAAAUCCUAAGAUUGCAAGAAUUUCGUAUGAUAUUGCUUCGGAUACGAAAAAAGUCGAAGUGCCGACAUUUGGGAUUAAGACAUCAAUAAUAGACUAUACAUUGUCUCGGAUGGAGCGUGAUCAAGAAAUUAUCUAUGUAGACAUUUCAGAUGAGAGUUAUUUUACAGGUCAAGGUGACCACCAAUAUGAUGUUUACCGGAAGAUGCGCGAAGAGACCAAGGGAGAUUGGAAAUCAUUUUGGCCAAAAACUAAUGUAUUUUGGCUUCGUUAUUUAGCGGACAAACUUCUGACGUCGAAAAGUUUACCGAAACCAAGAAAAAGCAAUGAUCAACACCCUUAUUAUCAUGCGAUAUUACAAUUUGAAAAAAAGGCGGAAAAGUAUAGCAGCGCGAUGGAGGCGAUGAAUAAAGAUGAAUCAUGGCGAAUAUAA